UUUCAUCUUCAUCUGGUAUAAUACUCCAUAUAUAAAUACCCCCUACUCUUACUUUCGGUUUCUUCAUUUCAACAUUCUUUCUCCCCCAAUUCCUCCACCCUCUCUAAACCCUUCUUUGAUCGAUCCUCGCUUAUUUUCUCUCUCCUAGGGUUAGGGUUUUUUCGGGUGUUUGAUUCAUUGUUGAUUUUCGAUCGAUCGAAGGAGGAAGAAACGAUGUCGUUGAGGCCAAAUGCUAGGACUGAAGUCCGCCGUAGCAGGUACAAGGUAGCGGUGGACGCGGAGGAGGGUCGCCGUAGGAGAGAGGAUAAUAUGGUUGAAAUUCGUAAGAAUCGUCGAGAAGAGAAUUUGCAGAAGAAGCGUCGUGAAGGGUUUCAAUCUGCUGCUUCUCAGCAAUUGCCUUCUUCUGCUGCUCCUUUUGAUAAGAAGAUUGAAAGUCUACCACAAAUGGUUGCUGGUGUUUGUUCAGAUGAUGGGACUGCUCAGCUUGAAGCCACUACUCACUUCCGAAAGCUGCUUUCGAUAGAGCGUAACCCACCUAUUGAAGAGGUUGUUCAAUCAGGAGUUGUUCCCCGUCUUGUUGAAUUUUUGGGUAGAGAUGAUUACCCUCAACUUCAGUUUGAGGCUGCUUGGGCACUUACCAAUAUUGCAUCUGGCACAUCGGAGAACACUAAGGUUGUCAUUGAUCAUGGCGCUGUUCCAAUUUUUGUCAAGCUUCUUGGUUCACCAAGUGAUGACGUUCGUGAACAGGCUGUUUGGGCUUUGGGGAAUAUUGCUGGUGAUUCACCAAAAUGUCGGGAUUUGGUCCUUGCCCAUGGUGCCCUAUUGCCAUUGAUGGCUCAAUUCAACGAGCAUGCCAAACUGUCUAUGUUGCGAAAUGCUACAUGGACCUUAUCAAACUUCUGCAGAGGCAAGCCUCAACCAUCAUUUGACCAGACAAAACCUGCUCUUCCCACUCUUGAGAGGCUUAUUCAUUCAAAUGACGAUGAAAUACUUACGGAUGCUUGUUGGGCACUUUCAUAUCUAUCUGAUGGUACCAACGACAAGAUCCAAGCUGUAAUUGAAGCUGGAGUCUGCCCCCGGCUUGUGGAGCUUUUACUUCAUGCUUCUCCAUCUGUGCUGAUUCCUGCACUUCGUACUGUCGGAAAUAUUGUUACUGGUGAUGACAUGCAGACUCAGUGCAUCAUUGAUCAUCGGGCUCUUCCGUGCCUUCUCAACUUGCUGAACCAAAGUUACAAGAAGAGUAUAAAAAAAGAAGCUUGCUGGACCAUUUCCAACAUCACUGCAGGAACUAAGGAGCAAAUACAGUUUGUCAUUGAAGCUGGCAUUAUUGGUCCUCUUGUCCAUCUUCUCCAAAAUGCUGAGUUUGAUAUCAAGAAGGAGGCUGCUUGGGCUAUUUCAAAUGCUACUUCAGGAGGUUCCCCUGAACAAAUAAAGUUUUUGGUGAGCCAGGGAUGCGUCAAGCCACUGUGUGAUCUUUUAGUUUGCCCUGAUCCAAGAAUUGUCACAGUUUGCUUGGAAGGUCUUGAGAACAUAUUGAAGAUUGGGGAAGCUGAGAAGAGUCUAGGUGCCGAAGGUGUGAAUGUCUACGCUCAGAUGAUUGAGGAUGCUGAAGGUCUAGAUAAGAUAGAAAACUUGCAGAGUCAUGACAACAAUGAGAUUUAUGAGAAGGCAGUCAAAAUCCUUGAGACCUAUUGGAUUGAUGAUGAAGAUGAAGCAUUGCCUUCAGCUGAUGGUGCUCAAACUGGGUUCGAGUUUGGUGGGAAUGAUAUUGCUGUUCCUCAGGGUGGAUUCAAGUUUGGUUAAAGGAUGUGCCAGCAGAGUAUAUUGAGGUCCCUAGUUUGAGGAUUGAUAUAUUGCGAGUAUAUCCAGAUUGUCGGUCCAGUCCAGUCCAGCCACAACUAUGGUUGAGGUGCUCGCUAAGCACUUCAACAUUUGUGGAGCGCACCCAUCAUCAACGAGUCAGCGAGUCCUCUUGGAAUUAAUAUUUUGCAGUGUCCUAGUCAAGUCAAUUCAACACAAGCAGGGGUAGUCAUGCAGCUAUAUAUACAUUAAGUGCGUUUUUUUCGAGUCAUAUAGUUAGGCUGCAUAAUAAGGAUGGAGCAAAUGUAUUUUUUUGGUCAAGGGGUUUCCAUCUCUAUUUUAUACACAUAUAAUAUGUAUUUGGUCUUUAUCAGAUGGGAAGCCCUCUUCUUGAGGGUCUAUUCUAUUUUAUGCUUAAGGCAGAGAUAUUUGUCGAGUCUGUAAGGAGUCGGAUGUUGAAUGAAGUUCGGUCAUAUAAUUGUUCAGUUUUGAGUUUUCUUGAUGAAAGUUCAAUUUUAUUUGCAUCGGUUUUGUUAUUA